UAUAUAUUCCUCUCGCGACUCUUCACUUUGUCAAAAUUAUUCGGUGCAAACAAUUAGCCAUGGCAGAAGAAAACCAAAACAAGAAGAAAACAAACAAUCCCAAAACAUAUCAAGUCAGGAAAGAAUGCAUAAAGAGGAAAACAAUGGAGCUUUCAACUCUCUGUGAUAUCAAGUGUUGUACUAUUAUUACGAGUCCUCAAGGGGAACUUCAGACUUGGCCUGAAAAUUUGGAUGCUGUUAAACAAGUUCUUAAUUUGUAUACUAAAACCCUAACUCCCAACAAAAAGGCGAAUAAGGAAUUAUCAGAAAAAGAAGAAGAGAUUGAUAUUCUGACGUUAGUGGAAUCAAAACUUGAUGCUGUGAACAACAGAAUUCUUUACUUGGAGAACAAGAAUGCUGGUUUUGUUAGUAAUAGUAAGGGUAAGGUAAGAAACAGAGGAUUGAAUGAUUUGUUGAUUGAUUGGAAACAGUAAUUCGUUUAUUAUUUUAAUGUCUAUUUUUCUGUAUUUUGAUAACUAGUUUAGAUCAUCAAGAGAUAACAAUUGGGAUCGUACGUUGUAGAAUUUACAGAAGUUGAAAGAUUUAUCUUUGAUA